AUGAGUUGGGAGGCACAGUGGUGUGGUGAUGAUGAACAUAACGAAUUUGAACUCAGAAAGUGGCAACAUAGAGUCAGGGUGAACACAAGAGAGAGGACAUGUUCCUGCAGAAAAUGGCAGCUGACUGGACUACCAUGCUGUCAUGGUAUUGCAGCAAUCCAGAGGAAGAAUGAGAAGCCUGAAGACUAUGUCCAUCACAAGCUCACCAUCGAGGCAUACAACAGGACUUACCAGUUUCACAUUAACAGCAUACCAAGCCAAGAGUAUUGGGAGCACCAUGAAGGGUUGCCUUGUUUGCCUCCUCCAUACAAGAGGCCUAUUGGCAGACCUUCCAAGAAAAGGAAGAAGGACAGCAGCGAGCAAGACUCUGGGAGCCAAUACCAUGCCAAGAGAAGAUAUGGCCAGAUAACAUGUCAAACCUGCAAGAGAGUUGGACAUAAUAGUAGGACUUGCCCUGAGAGAUCAAAUGGAGCAGCUGCUCAAGAAGAAGGAAUUGAUGAGGAUGAAGCUAGAGAGCAAGAAGCUAACUGGGAGGAGACCAUGGAGGCUGCACAUGCUGCACAUGUUGCAGAUGAGGAAAACCUCACUCAAAACUACCCACAGAGUCAACCUGAUGAGAACACUGAGGCUGAUUUGUCUACCACAACAACUGCUGCACCCCCUAAUGCAGCCACUACACCAGCAACCAGCUCAGGACCAGCACCUCCAGUGGCAGCAAGGCCAGUAGAGCCAACACCACCAAUACCACCAACAAGAGGGAGGGGCAGGACCAUUCGAAGAGGAAGACCCCCAACCCCAACAGCACCUCAAACUAGGGUUGCCAGCCAUGAUGCUGGGUCUAAUUGUCAGAUCCCAGCCACACCAACCAAUGCUGCAGGAUCAAGUACUGGGCCUGGGUCAAUGUCACAAGGUCCUUUGGGUAGGCCCACUCUGCAAGCCCAAUAUUCAGCAUCCUCUAGGCCACCAACUGUGUCUAGGAAAACCAUGGCAGCAGCAAGCCCAGCCACACAGAGCAGGUUCAUAGGCUUCAUGCCCACCCUAUCCUUGAAGAAGAAAAAGCCUUCAGCAAGCAUCAAGAAGUGAUAGCUUUCUUUCUUGGGUUUUCGUUUUGUUUUUAGUUCCAUGUUGGACUUGAUCUAGAUACUAUGCAACUAAAUGCCAUUAUGGCAUGUUUAGUUUUUAGUUCCAUUUUGUUAUCAACAUUACUAUCAAUAUGCCAUGAUAGGUUUUUUGGGGCAAAACUUUUGUUAUUUUGGGUCUGAGAUAUGUUACUCUGGAUACUUAUGGAUUAUGUUUUCAUGCUAUGAGAUUAUGUUUUCAUGCUAUGAGACAGGUGUUUUUAUACAGCUUCUGUUUAUGCCAUUUUUUAAUCAAUGGCUAACCUAUCUUAUAUAUGGCUUGCUCACAAUUCAAAAGCAAUAACUCAGUCACAGAAGACAAAUAAGAGUGCAUCCAUUAAUUCAUCUCAAUUACAAUUAGGAGAACAUUACAAAUAAACAAAAUUUCAUUCCUAAAAUCUUAAAUUUGACCAUACUUAGCCAUACACAGCAGACUCAAAUACAGAUUUAACCCAAGCAAUACACAGAUAACAAUCAACAAGAACUCAACCCUCUUCAGUUUCUCCUUCAUGUCAUUAACCAUAGGAAACACCAUCAUCAUCCUAUCCCUUUCCCGUCCAUCACUACCCUCCUGGUUGAUUCUGCUUUUCUUUUUUGGGUCUGCUAUGCCCACCAUGUUGCUAUUCUCCGAAGAAACUUCUCCUUCCACACAUUGCUCUUCAAUUUCAUCCAACCAUUGAAAAUACCCACAACGUCUUUGUGUGUUCUA